CUCAGGCUCACCUCCAGCAACGCAGCCAGAUCAGCAGCCCAAUUAACUCUUGGCGCACCCAACCCAGACCUACCUUCCCCAGGUGUCUUGCCCGUCGCAGGCAAGUUGCAACAGGAUCUCCCAGCACACCUGAGUGGAGCAGGGAGAGAGCUCUUCUGCUCUGGUGUGCCCCCAACUCCAGAGAAAUGCUGCCCCUUCUGUCCCUCUUCAGCUGGGUGAUCUACUGCCAAGGAGCCUUGGAGGGUUCUCAGAGCUUCCUCAUGCUCCAGAUCUCGCACUUCCGAGACCCAUCCUCAGUACAGUUCUGGGGCAAUGCCUCCCUAGGGGGGUUGGUCACUCACACUCUGGAAGGUGGUGGCCACAACAUCACCAUCCAGCAGCUGAAGCCUCUGGAGUCCCCUGAGCACUGGCAGCAGACUAAGAAGCAGCUGCUCAACUACUUUGAAGAAUUCCAGGUCUUAGUACAGUUGGUGAACAAGGAACGGGGAGUGGCCUUCCCGCUGACCCUGCGCUGCUCUUUGGGCUGUGAGUUGCCCCCUGAUGGCCAAGAAGCUCAUGUCUUCUUUGAGGUGGCCCUGAAUGGGAGCUCCUUUGUGAGCUUCCAGCCAGAGAAGGCCCUGUGGUCAGCAAGCCUGAACCAGAACCACCCCACAGAGCUGUACGGCUUCACCCUGAAGCAGCUAAACACCUACAACCGAACCAGGUUCGAGCUUCUGGAAUUCCUACAGGAAACAUGUGUAGGUUUCCUGAAGCAGCACGUGGACAGGGUCAGAGGAUCAGUGCCCCAGGUAUCACGAUCCUACACAAUGCUGAUCUUGGGCAUCAUCAUGGGCAUCUUCGCCAUCUCCAGUGUGGCCGUUGGCAUCUUCCUGUGCACAGGGGGAAAGUGGAGCUAAUCUCCCCCUGUGCUAUGAAAGCAAGGCUCUUCACCCCGGCCCAGAAAACCGGCUGAGACUGAGGCUCUACGAAUCCAAAAGAGACCCUCCUCUGACUCCCUGUUCUCCCAUGAGAGAUCUUGGCUCCAGGAAUUCUGCAGAUGCUUCAGUUGGGGUUUCCACCCUGAGAAAGAUAUAUCACCAUGAGCAUGUAUACAAGGACAACAACAUGAAAACAGACCUCGAGCUGAUAAAUGGUGGGAAUCCUGGGGGUGUCCAGUCUAAGCAGAGUAGGGUCAUAGCAUUUAAAGCAUGAGGAAACUACAAGAGCAUCUAGGCCUCACUUUACAGAUGAGGAAACUGAGUCCCUGAGAGGUUUAAGAAAUUUGACCAUGCUCACAAAGACAGUAGAUAGUAGAUAAGUGGGGUCCCAAACCUAGUGUUCAUUUUGCUCCCCAUGAUGGGCCAUGGAAAUGGUAAUAUUUCUUCUGACUGAAGCCAGAAAGCUUAAUAAUGAAGUCUCACUAUCAAGAACCAUUAGAAUAAUUGAGGACCAAUACAUUGGGAUUCAAAGUAGGAGUCACUGCUCAGGUAGGUGGGAUGUGAAAGACUCCAGUUGUCUCUAUGACAGCCCCCUACUCCCCCUCCCCUUACCUCCCAACAAUCGAUGACGUUGAAGUAACCAAGAGCCCCCUUCCUACAUCAGGGACAGGUGGCAUCUAAACCUGCCUCUUUUUCUCUUAGAAAAUACCCUUUCUCAUCAAGCUUCCCUCAGGGGAGUGGGUCAGGCUUUGGAAAGCUCUGCUAGAAGUGAGAGAAUAAGUGUAUGGGAGGGGUCAAUUGUCCUUCCACAAUCACUGGGGAUCUGUAGUUUAGGACAUUUAAGCUCUGGUUCUGCCAGGGAAUUAUGUGAAUGAAUCCCUCCAUUUCUUUGACCCUCAGUUUUCUCAUAAAUGCAAAAUGUAGUCAACAUUUUCUUUGCCCACCUCAUAGGACUGUUGUGAGGAUUUCAUCAGAUAGGAAUGUCUGUAAAAUACUUUGUAACCAUCGGGAACUUGUAUGUCCUCUAUUAUUAUUAUUAAUAGUGCUAUUAUUAUAAAUGUUUUUAUUAUUUUUCUGGGA